UGAAGCUGAAAGGUAGCGUCGCUGAGCUCAUCAUCCAUGGUGUAGAGCCCGAUGACUGUGGAGAUUAUACCUGUAGCACGGGAUACGAGAUCACCACAGGUUCUGUGUACGUGCAAGCCAAGAACAGCAUCGUCCAGGGCUUGGAAAAUGUGGAAGCUGUGGAAGGAGGGGAAGCCCUAUUUGAAUGUUACCUUUCCAAGCCCGAGUGCUACAAUUACAACUGGCUGAUUGACGACGAGCCUGCCAAAACCACAGAAAACACUGAGAUGGUUUACUUCGAAAAUGGGCGCAGGCAUCUGCUGCUGCUGAAGAACCUAACUCCCCAGGACAGCUGCAGGGUGACUUUUAUGUGCAGCGACGCGGUGACCUCAGCCUUCCUUACGGUGAAAGGAUGGCGCCUACAAAUCUUGCAGCCUCUCACAGAUGUGGAAGUCUCUCCAGGGCACAAAGCUACGUUCAGCUGUGUUCUAAGUGAAGCUGUGCCAGUUAAUGAAGUCACGUGGUAUAGUAAUGACGUAGAGAUUCAGUCGGGUGAGGACUGGGAAGUCCAAGCAGAUGGAAACAAAUAUAAACUUAUUCUGAAGAAAGCUCAACCCUAUCAUUCUGGAGAGGUGACCUUUGCUUCUAGGGAAGCAAUUGCAUCAGCCAAGCUAUCUGUGAUAGCCCACCCCGAUCCACCAGAAGAACCAGAAGUUUUAAGUAAGGACAGCCACUCUGUAACUCUGUCUUGGUACAAGCCGUUGAGCGACGGCGGUUCUGACAUCCUAGGCUACAACGUGGAGAGGAAAAUCCCAGGUAUUGGCUGGCAGUCCUGCAGCAAGGGCAUUAUUCAAACCACGGAGUUUAUGGUGGACAAUCUCACCCCGGGUGAAACCUACAGAUUCCGCGUCUCGGCUAUAAACAAAGUCGGGGCCAGCGAGCCGGUGCACUUCCCUCAGAUGGUGCGGAUAGAGCCUACAGUUACAGUCACCCAUCCUUUGGUGGGAGGAUCAGUCUCAGAAGGGGAGGUGGCUCGCUUGGAGUUUCCCACAGUGACAAUGCUAAAGGAAGUCGCCAGGGAAGCACCCCCUGCAAGCCAACCAGAAGAGCUCGUGGAUGGCCAUGUCCAGCCCAGCUUGCCCCCUGAGGCUGCUCAGGAGGGAGACCUUCACCUCCUGUGGGAAGCCCUGGCCAAGAAACGCCGGAUGAGCCGGGAGCCCACCUUGGAUUCCAUCAGCGAGGUGCCUGAAGAGGACGAGAAGCUUCAGAAGUUGAGGAGGGAGGAAGCGGAGAUGUCUCACUAUUACUCAGAGGAGUACUCGACGUGCGAUGAGCUAGCUAGGACAGGAGAAGCAGAUUUCUCUUUCACAAGCUCAGAUGAUGAGUCCAGAGCUGGGACUCCUUCACUGGUGAACUACCUCAAGAAAGCUGGGAAGAAAAGUAAAUCCAGUGUGGAGACUGUUGUGGCUGCCCCAGCUGCUAAGCCAGCUGAACCAGAAAUGCCAGAUUUAGAUGAUCCUUCCAUGAACAAGGCUGCUGUGAAGAUCCAAGCUGCUUUCAAAGGCUAUAAAGUCAGGAAAGAGAUCAAGCAGCAAGAGUGCCCAGUGUUUUCUGAGACGUUCAAAGACUUCUCUGGUGAACCUGGAAGCACUCUCCAGCUUGAGUGCGUGGCCCACAGCAAAACUGAUAUGAAAGUCCGUUGGCUGAAAGAUGGGCAAGAGCUUUCAGAUGGUCGCUACUAUCACAUAGACAAUUACAGUGAUGGGACCUGCUCUUUGAUUAUCACUGGCCUCGACAGGAAAGAUGCUGGUAAAUAUACCUGUGAGGCAUCCAAUAAAUUUGGCAAGGUUUCACACAGUGCUAAGGUGGUUAUUGGCACCCAGGAGCCUCAAACAGAGAGCUCGUCUGGCAGUGAGCUGGAUGAUGCUUUCCGUAAAGCAGGAAGGAGACUUCAUAGACUCUUCAGGGCCAAGAUCUCAACAGAGAUAUCCGAUGUGGAGGAAGAGCUCUUUGUCAGUGCGGAUGAAGGGGACAUAGAGGUGGUCGACCAUCAGACGUAUCGUGAGGACGACCAGUACAUCUAUAUCAAGUUCGAAGUCUUGUCUGAGGCAAAAAGUGCUGCUACCCGAUUCAGGGAGAUGUUUGGUGCUCUGGGAAUUCCUGUGGAGAUUGACAUUUUGGAACAAGGUCCUAAAAAAAUUGAAUUGCGGAUUGGCAAAGCAACACCACCUGCACACGGGAAGUUUGCGCCGUCAUUAGUGAGACCUCCACCACCUUUGCUGACUUCUGAUACUGCUCCCAUGUUCAUGACUGAGCUCCAAAACCAAGAGGUGCAGGAUGGAUACCCAGUCAGCUUUGACUGCAUUGUCGUUGGCAAACCACUCCCCACGGUUCGCUGGUUCAAGGAUGGGAAAGCUAUUGAAGAAAAUGAUCACUACAUGAUCAAUGAGGACCAGGAAGGUUGCCAUCAGCUGAUCAUCACUGCGGUGGUCCCCACUGACAUGGGCGUUUACCGUUGCCUUGCUGAAAACAACAUGGGAGUUGCUUCAACCAAGGCUGAGCUUCGCGUGGACUUGACCAGCACGGACUACGAGACAGCAGCAGAUGCGACAGAGACAUCUUCUUACUACAGUGCCAAAGAAUAUAUUUCAAGCCGAGAACAGGAGGAAUCUACCUCUGAGGAGGGACAAUUGCCUCAGAUCUUCGAUGAGCUUCACGAUAUUCACGUGGCACCAGGAGCAUCACUGGCUAAAUUCCACCUGAAGGUGAAAGGGUACCCACAGCCUCGGCUCUAUUGGUUCAAAAAUGGACAACCGUUAAAGGCCUCGGAUCGCAUCCUGAAGACUGAUAAACGGGAAUUCCACUCACUGGAAAUUCGUGACGUCACUAAGGCAGAUGCCGGCCAGUAUUCCACAUUUGUCAUCAACUCUGCUGGUUCUGCGUAUUCGUCUGCCCGGCUGGUAGUCAAAGAUCCUGAUGAGAAAGAAGAGCCAUCAGAAACGGAGCACGAGCAGCUGAUACCACCAAGGUUCCUAGAAAGAUUUACUAAUAAAAAGGUGAAAAAAGGUGCAAGCAUCACAUUGUCAGUGAAAGUUGAAGGACAUCCACCACCAACUAUUACUUGGCUGAAAGAAGAGUCUCGAGAAGACAUCCUGUGGAUCAAACCAGACACUCCUGGGUAUAAGCUUGCCAGUUCCAAUAUGCAUCACAGUCUAAUCCUGUUGGAUGUUAAAAAGAAGUUCAGUGGAGCUUAUACGUGCAUUGCUACCAACAAGGCUGGCCAGUCCAUCUGCACCGCCACCCUGGAAGUUGCAGAUG